GUGAAAGCUGUCUUCCCAGCGCCACUGGCCCGACAAAACGCUGCUGUAGCAGAGCCAGUCCGCACCGACCUGAGCAUAGCAGACACACGGGAGAGAGCACGUACACACACGGGGAAUCUUUGUUUUUUGUUCGACCGAGUUGCUUUGUAAGAACAGGUUAUCUUCAGCAAUGAAUCCAGUCUACAGUCCCGUGCAGCCUGGCACCCCAUAUGGAAACCCCAAGAACAUGGCCUUUACAGGGUAUCCAGGAGGUUAUCCUGCCACGGCUCCCACCUAUACACCCAACCUCUAUCAAACAGGCAGUCCUGGGUAUCCACCAGGAUAUACUCCAGCGGGCACCCCAUACAAAGUGCCACCCACUCAGUCAAAUGGAGCCCCCCCUCCAUACACCCCGACCCCCACCCCAUACCCAACAGCUAUGUACCCCAUUCGCAGUGCCUACCCUCAGCAGAAUAUAUACGCACAGGGAGCGUACUAUACCCAGCCAGUGUAUGCGGCUCAGCCACAUGUGAUCCAUCACACCACUGUGGUGCAGCCCAACAGCAUCCCCUCCACAGCCCUCUACCCAGCCCCCGUCCCUGUACCUGCUCCUCGCAACAACGGCAUGGCUGCCAUGGGGAUGGUAGCUGGGACAACCAUGGCUAUGAGCGCAGGGACCCUGCUGACAACGCCCCAGCACCCCCCAAUUGGAGCACACCCAGUUACUGUGCCAACCUACAGGCCCCAAGGGACACCUGGGUACAGCUACGUUCCACCUCACUGGUAGAGGCCACCCAUCAUAUCUGGAGUCCACCAUCGUAUGCAACUGCUCAAAUCUUACACGGGCUCCCACCGGUAACCAUGGGAACUCGGCACCUGUCUGCAAGAACAAAAACUAAAGUGCAACAGCCACUUUACUAUUAUUGUUAUUGUUAUUAUGCGACAUUCUCUAACGUUUUUACAAAAGCUGCUUUUAUUUUUUAUUUUUUCUCUGUUCAUUUGCCAACCAGUCAUUACUUUAUUUUGUAUGGUUAUUUUAUUUUAUUUUCUCAUUUUCUUUUGCUGUGUCUGUCAUUGGAACUCCAGAAGGACUCUUGACCAAUCACGGGUGUCGGUCGCUCCUGUUUCUGUGUUGUGCUGGUGUGUGUGGUCCUGCCUGCUGCUGCUCAGUUGGCUGGAAAAAAUUGGGCACUUAUUCGUCAUUAUCAUCUCCAUCAUUCACUACAAAGACUUACUGACUUAUGCUGCCAAAUUUUCUAACGACUAGCUAUCAGCACAGGGUUUUAACAUAAUUAGGAUUUUUCUUUCUUGGGCUAUUUAAUUUUCUAAUAUUCUUUCUUUUUACCACAUGCAACCGAAUUACUUAACUUUUCCUCUAGACCUUGUUUCGCCUUCCUUUGUUCUUCCUUCCUUUUCAUCCUUUAUCUGCUUUGUUUCAUUUUCAGUUUAAUCUCAGUCGUCUUCCAGCAUGUAGCUGUCUGUCCGGCAGUAGUCUGUCAGUCAUCCCUGUCGUUUUGUCUCCAUGUAAGGUGCUGUGUCGCUAUGAGAAGAGCACUUACCAACCAUCACCCAUCCCACCGUGUCCACAUUAGGAAAGCACCUAGUACACACUUAAGAAAACAUCACCUACUUCAAGCUACAUACUAUGCAGGCUAGUAUGUUGUGACACUAUCGAAAUCUUAACAUAGCUAGAGAACAUUUCGGGGUCAUCCAGGUCCUGUCAGCUUUUUUAUGUGGUUAGCGUAGGUCAAUACAAUAAGAAAAUGUAAAAAUAUUUAUACUAACCGUGUCAACAGUAUGGGUGGUCGUGCACACUUUCUCUCUCACACACACACACACACACACACACACACACACAUGGGCUCCUGUGGUGUGUUGGAAAAGACAUGAUCGCUUAGUGGCACUUACUGUACAGUACCUCCAGUCCUGUUAUUUACUGAUCAACACACACAUACACACAAGCAAACACACACAUGAUUUCUAGGGGUGUUGCACGGCAGACACAGCCAGCAGAGGAGGAGUUUAAAGGGAUUGUGUUGGCACUAGGCAAGAAGAGCUUGACGAGACGGGGAGAGCAGACAAGGAAGGAGGAGGAUAUGACAUUCACACUCGCUCAUUUCAUUUCAAGGUACAAAACAUUUGAGUUUUUGACAUCUUACCUGCAAGAAACUGCACUCUCACACUGCUAUUUUUGCACUAUAUGUAUUGUACAUUGAUUUCUCGAUGUGAUUAUAUCGUCUCCUCCUCCUUCCUUCUACAAGGCCAGGACUAAUAACCAAACACUCUAGAAACAGAAACCCAGACUCUUGAGCAUACAGUUAAUAUUGGACCAGUCAAAUAGAUGUGCUGAUGGAUGGAUUUAAUCCACUAGUCUAUUCCUCAGUGCUUUGAGUGCUGAAGAGACCAAACUAAUGAUGUGGAUGGUCGUGCACCACAUUUAGGAAGACAUUGUGUCCAGUAAGAAGGCUUUAAUGUGUAUACACCUGGUCCAUGUCAUAAUAAUGGUUUGUAAUUCUCAGCAUUUGGGUCAAAAUUUUAACUUCGUUGAUAAUCCCGUGUGAGGUUGCAAGAGCAAAACCAGACUGUAAUUUUUUUUUUAAAAAGUGAUGUUUUAUGUGUUCAUGGCAGGAGUGCACAGCUGUCUCUCUUAGUUAUUUAGUUUUAAACCAGUUCAGUUCUUUUAGGGCAGAGGAAAAGAGCAGCACAACUUUUUGGGGCAAGUAAGAGGCUUUUAAGACUUUUAGCAGUAUUAUGAAAUUUAAAACUUUGUUUAGUGUGCUUAUUUCUGCAAGAGACAGAGAUUCAUACACAUCUGCCUUUACUGACUGCAUCUCAACAUUGCUCUCCAUUUUUGUUAAAAAUUUACCCUAAAGCUUUAUUUUAAUAAAAUAGUCAUUAGAUGGGGAUAAUAUUUUAGCCAGUAAGACAUGGACCAUAUGCAGCUGUUUACCGUUGCUUCUUUGCAUUGUGCUUCUACAUGCAAAAGUAUUUGCAUUCACAGUGUGAUGAUCCAUUUUAAUCACUGAGUCUUUGUUUAUUGGUCCUCGGCUGGAGAAAAUGGGGGUUUGGGGUGGUGGUAAUGGUGGUAGGGUUUAAUAUGUAGGUGAGGCCUGUGGCAUUUUUCAGGAUUUCAAAAAAAAAAAAAAAAAAA